AGAAUCAUGCAAAACCAGAGUGUUGUCAGUGAGUUCAUUCUCCUGGGGCUUUCACAGAACCCAAACGUUGAGAAAAUAUUGUUUGCUAUAUUUUUGCUGGUCUACCUUGCAACUAUUGGGGGCAAUAUGACAAUUGUGGUGACCAUCCUCUGCAGCCCUGCACUGCUGGGCUGCCCCAUGUACUACUUCUUGUCUUUCCUGUCAUUCCUGGAUGCAUGUAUUUCUUCUGUUGUCACACCCAAGAUGAUUGUAGAUUUUUUCUAUGAGAAGAAGACCAUCUCCUUUGAAUGCUGCAUGACUCAAUUGUUUGCUGUCCACUUCUUCACUGGGGCAGAGGUGAUUGUACUGGCAGCCAUGGCCUAUGACCGCUAUGUGGCCAUUUGCAAGCCCUUGCACUACUUUUACAUCAUGAACAGGAGACUCUGUGGCACUCUGGUGGGGGUAGCCUGGAUAGGGGGCCUCUUGCACUCCACCCUACAGAUUCUCUUCACUUUGCAGCUGCCCUUCUGUGGACCCAAUUUUAUUGAUCAUUUCCUAUGUGACUUAUUCCCAUUACUGAAACUUGCCUGCACUGACACACACAUUUUUGUCAUUUUGGUGUUUGCCAACAGUGGGUCUAUCUGCAUCAUCAUCUUCUCCUUGUUACUUGUCUCCUAUGGUGUCAUCCUCUUCUCCCUGACAGCACAGAGCUCUUCAGGGCGACAUAAAGCUCUUUCUACCUGUGGCUCCCAUAUUACUGUUGUGGUUUUAUUUUUUGUUCCAUGCUUAUUAAUAUAUGCACGCCCUACAUCUGCAUUUUCUUUUGAGAAAAAUGUGUUUAUAUUCGCUGAUGUCUUGACACCAUUGCUUAAUCCUAUGGUCUAUACUUUCAGAAAUAAGGAAAUGAAGAAUUCCAUCAAGAAAAUUUGGAAGAGAUUCAUAGUGGAUUCUGAUCAAUAA